AUGGCGUCGUCGACUCUGCGCUCCGAGACAGAAGCAGAAACAGGGAUCGACGUGCUACCUAUCGACGCGAUCUAUGAGAUCCUGAUCCGCCUUCUGGCCGAGGAGCUCUACCGCCUCCGUGUCGUCUGUCAGCCGUGGGGAUCCCUCCUCUCUGACCCGCAGUUCAUCGCCCCUCAUGCCACUCGUCACCGACGGCCGCUCUUCGUCGCAGGCCACGGCAAAUCAUAUCGUGAUGAUGGCAUCCUUUGCCACAUCAUAGACCUCUCUGGCAGGGUCAUCAAGCAGAUCCGCUCCAAAAAAAGACGAGUGGCUGAUAUCCACCCAGUGCAACGUCGCCUGCGUUGCAAAAGGGACCCCCAAGCGCUGCCAGUUGCUCAACCUAGUCACCGGAGAGAGAUUUCCAGUGCCUAG